AUGACCAUAGGUCAAACAGGCUUUGCAAAACCAGUGCCCGUGGAUGAUGUAUCCCAAGAUGUAGACGAAACUAAGGAAGAAAAUCCUACGGAAGGUGCUGGUGAAGACAACGAAGGAACUGAAGAAAAUAAGGAUGUCCCAGCUCCAGAGGGGAGCAAUGAUGAUUCAGCUGCGGAAAGCAAAGAUUCUACAGCUGAAAAAAGCAAGAAUGACCCAAAUGAUGACAAUAAGGAAGUUCCAACUCCAGACGAAGAAAGCAAUGAUAAUCCAGAGGAAGAAAACAAGGAUGCAUUAAAUGAAGGAAGUGAAGGUGAUAAGUCAGAUGAAUGUAAAGAUAAUCCAGCCCCAGAAGAAAGCAACGGUUAUCCAUCUGAAGAAAGCCAAGAUUCUCCAGUGGAUGAAAAUGAAGAUGAUACAACUGAAGACAAUGAUCCACAAGAAAACAAAGAUGAUCCAGCAACAGAAGAAAGCAACCAUACUCCCGCCGAAGAAAAUCAAGAUUCUGAAGCUUCAGAAGAAAGCAAAGAUGAUCCAGCCGAAGAAAGUAAUAAUGCUCCAGUUAAAAAAAGUGAAGAUGCUCCGGCUGAAGAAGAUAAAAAAGACGAUAUUCAAAAAGAGGGACAUAAAUCAAAAGACAUUUCAACUCCAAUGGAAGAAAAGGCUAAAAAGGAAAAGAAGAAAAAACCGAUCAAGAGUAAAUCGUCUCCCAAAAACAAACCAAUCAAUCCCCUGGAUAAAUUCAAUCCUUCUAAAGUUGGAGCUUUAGUUCUGGCAAAUGGAGCUGCGAAAUUUACCGACUUUAUUUCCAGUAUGAUCGAUAUACUUGUAUAA